GCGAAGCGGCGCUCGGUGGCGGCCCCAGCGGCGGCGGCGGCGGUCGAGGAGGAGGAGCAGCAGGCGCGGGAGAAGAUGCUGGAGGCGCAGCGCGCGGACCCCGCCGGGGAAGGCGAGGGCGUGACCCUGCAGCGCAACAUCACUCUGCUGAACGGCGUGGCCAUCAUCGUGGGCACCAUCAUCGGCUCGGGCAUCUUCGUGACCCCCACGGGCGUGCUCAAGGAGGCGGGCUCGCCAGGACUGGCGCUGGUGGUGUGGGCCGUGUGCGGGGUCUUCUCCAUCGUGGGUGCGCUCUGCUACGCCGAGCUGGGCACUACCAUCACCAAGUCGGGCGGCGACUACGCCUACAUGCUGGAGGUGUACGGCUCGCUGCCCGCCUUCCUCAAGCUCUGGAUCGAGCUGCUUAUCAUCCGGCCCUCCUCGCAGUACAUCGUGGCUCUGGUCUUCGCCACCUACCUGCUCAAACCGGUCUUCCCCACCUGCCCGGUGCCCGAGGAGGCCGCCAAGCUCGUGGCCUGCCUCUGCGUGUUGCUGCUCACCGCCGUGAACUGCUACAGUGUGAAAGCUGCCACCCGUGUGCAGGACGCCUUUGCGGCUGCCAAGCUCCUGGCCCUGGCCCUGAUCAUCCUGCUCGGCUUCAUCCAGAUUGGAAAGGGUGACGUAUGCAACCUCGACCCCAAGUUCUCCUUUGAAGGCACCAACCUGGAUGUGGGCAACAUCGUGCUGGCUUUGUACAGCGGCCUCUUUGCCUAUGGAGGAUGGAAUUACCUGAAUUUCGUCACAGAGGAGAUGAUCAACCCCUAUAGAAACCUGCCCUUGGCCAUCAUCAUCUCCCUGCCCAUCGUCACCCUGGUGUACGUGCUGACCAACCUGGCCUAUUUCACCACACUGUCUACUGACCAGAUGCUGUCGUCCGAGGCCGUGGCCGUGGACUUCGGCAACUACCACCUGGGAGUCAUGUCCUGGAUCAUCCCGGUCUUCGUGGGCUUGUCCUGCUUUGGCUCGGUCAAUGGGUCCCUGUUCACGUCCUCAAGGCUGUUUUUUGUGGGCUCACGGGAGGGCCACCUGCCCUCGGUCCUCUCCAUGAUCCACCCCGACCUCCUGACACCCGUGCCGUCCCUCUUGUUCACGUGCGUCAUGACCCUGCUCUACGCCUUCUCCAAGGACAUCUUCUCAGUCAUCAACUUCUUCAGCUUCUUCAACUGGCUGUGCGUGGCCCUGGCCAUCAUCGGCAUGAUCUGGCUGCGCUUCAAGAAGCCAGAGCUGGAGCGGCCCAUCAAGGUGAGCCUGGCCCUGCCGGUGUUUUUCACCCUGGCCUGCCUGUUCCUCAUCGCCGUGUCCUUCUGGAAGACGCCUGUGGAGUGCGCCAUCGGCUUCACCAUCAUCCUCAGCGGUCUGCCCGUCUACUUCUUUGGGGUCUGGUGGAAGAACAAGCCCAAGUGGCUCCUACAGGCCAUCUUCUCCAUGACGGUCCUGUGCCAGAAGCUCCUGCAGGUGGUCCCGCAGGAGACCUAACCCAGAUGCCCGGAAGCCACAGGGGCAGAGCACGCAGCUGUUUUCAGACCACAUGCCUUCGGAAAAGCAGCUUCCGGCCCCGAGCACCGCCAGACGCCCGGCCUCCCGCUUGCCCCUCCAUGGGUUAGGCACCCACGGCGGUGGUGAAAACUCUGGUACGAAUUUAGUCCUGGAAGAUGAACGUCUGCUCAUGGCUUCCUGGGCACAAGGGACCUCCUGUCACCUCGGCCCUGCUCCCUUCCCUUGUUUUCAGUUUAGUUCUUGUUGUAACUUCAGCUCGGGGUCGUGUUGACACCCCUGAGGUGAUUACUUUUUAGAGAACCGGGGCAGAGGGGCGAGGAGGUGGUGUUUCCUCGCCUAACGCUAUCUGCAGCACAGCACGCCUCGAAGGGACCAGAUUACUGUCACAGGGUGCGUGGAACUACUGAGACUCGGACGUCACUGUCAUGACCACGGGUUGCACUGACAGACAGCCCCGCUGUGUGCGCUUGGCUCCCCGCUUGUUUUCACAGUGCUAGGAGGGAACCCAAGUCCUAGGCAGGUGCUCACACUGAGCCGCCCCCAGCCCUCUGACCAUGUCGUCAUAAACGUAGGGGCAAAAGUGAGAACGACCCCCCUCAAGAUGCCAGGUCCCCCUCUGGGAACUGCAGGCGCUGGGCAGCCGUUGCCCCAGCGGGCAGCCCAGAGCCCCCCACAGCCUCCUCAGCUCCCCAGCAGGGUGUGGUCUCUGGCUCCCAGGUGCAGCCAGGAGGAGAGGUGUUCCAUCUCAGGAUAGGUGGCAGGGACUUCGGGACACACCUUUGCCACUCUCUGGGGCUCUGCCUUGGCCACAGACCACUGCCCACAUCAGGAAGAGGGGGCGGCUACAGGGGCCACCGUGUGCUUGGGUCACUUCUGGGUGGGAGCAGCACGGACGGGUCCCGGUGCCUCCUCUAGUGGGGGACCCCGCCCCACAGGGCCGGGCAGCUCAAGGUUCACGGCGCUGGCUCCCCCCACCUGCCCUCCACCCAAGGGGAGACCCCAGGCUGUACGCAGAGACUUGGCAGACUUGGAAGCCCCUCUCUCUGCUGCCGCACCUGGCUGACCUGGCCCCAGGGUCCUGGUCUGUGGGGGUUCCGUUUCAAAGCAUCUUGUGCAACCCUUUGCUUCGUGUUUUGUCCUAACCUCUUACUAAUGGACGGGUACUGUGGGUACAACGUUUAUUUAUUCCUGCAGUCAGCACUGCCUCGCUGACUCCGGGGGGUGCAGGCGCCACCUCACCCCAUCCCUGUGACAUCCAGAGAGUGACACACGUGGCUGGGCAUCUUCAUUCUUGUGUUCACGGCUAACCUGUUACACUAGCUUGUUAGGGUGGGUAGUGCUGUUGUAUUGUGGGGUUUUGGUGUUUUUCGUUUUUUUUUUUUUUUUAAUAAAAAGCUAUGGAAAUUCUGAG